AUGAAAAAUGACUUAUCUCAAUCUCAUACUAUUCGUCCUAAAAUUGAUCAAAUGAGUAAUGAAGUUGUCGACUCUAAUCCAUAUAGUCGUCUUAUGGCACUUCAACGUAUGGGAGUUGUUACAAAUUAUGCUCUAAUUCGAGAAAAGACUGUUGUUAUAGUGGGUAUUGGGGGUGUUGGCUCAGUGACUGCUGAAAUGCUUGUUCGAUGUGGAAUCGGUCGUCUGAUUUUAUUUGAUUAUGAUAAAGUGGAGUUGGCCAAUAUGAAUCGAUUAUUUUUUCAGCCUCAUCAAUCUGGUUUGAGUAAAGUUGCAGCUGCAGCAUCUACUCUAAGUUUUAUCAAUCCAGAUGUACAAAUUGAAGCACAUAACUAUAAUAUAACUUUAGUAGAGAAUUUUGAUCAUUUUCUUAAUCGUUUAGAACAUGGUGGUUUAAAAGAUGAUAAUCCUGUUGAUCUUGUAUUAAGUUGUGUUGACAAUUUUGAAGCUCGUAUGACAAUCAAUAAAGCGUGCAAUCUUCUUGGUCAAGUUUGGUAUGAGUCUGGUGUCAGUGAAGAUGCUGUUAGCUGUCAUAUUCAACUUAUGUAUCCUGGUCGAACACCAUGUUUUGAAUGCCUGCCACCACUAAUUGUGGCCAGCGGAUUGGAUGAAAAAACUCUUAAACGAGAAGGAGUAUGCGCAGCAUCACUUCCUACUACGAUGGCUCUUGUUUCUUCGUUAUUAGUUCAGAAUACUUUGAAAUAUCUGCUAAAAUUCGGCGAAGUUUCUAGUUACUUAGGUUAUGGAGCGGCUAAAGAUUCGUUUUAUCGUGUUGAAUUGAAAGCAAAUCCAGAUUGUGCUGAUUCAUGGUGUAACGUGCGUCAAAUUCAAUGGCGUAAUCACUUACAACAAUUAAAUCUUCCAAUUGAUUCUCCUUGGAAUAUUGAAGAACGUUUGAAGGCCCAACAAAUUAAAAAUGAAAAACUUAAAGAAGCAUUAUCCAAGUCAAAACAUGAAGAAAAUGAUUUUGGCAUUGAAUUAGAAUCAGAAUCAUCGAGUUUUACAGAAUCCACUUGUAAUAUAAAACAUGAUUUAUCCAAUUCAAAUUCUGAAAUAGUUGGUGUAAAAACAUUGUAUACAGUGGAUAACAAAAAAUUUGAUUCAAACUCUCAAGAGACAUCUGAUUCUUUUAUUUCACAGACAAACGAUAGCCUUGAAUCACUCAUGGCUAAAAUGAAAAAUUUGUAA